AUGGCGGCGCAGGCCCCGUAUAUGCUUCUGAAUACCAAUCCAGGAGCGACUUCAACGACAAGGACGACGUCGAAUGUGAAUACUAGCUACUAUCAAGCCAGGACGAACCAGAACAGCGGGUUCGACCAGAGGAAUGCGACCCCAGCAUCCUAUAUCUCAUACCCGAGCAAUGUGUCGGGUUCCGGAGGCGGCUAUUAUCGGACAACGACGACCCAGUCGUAUCAGGGAGGGCCCAACGUCCAUGGGUCAACGAUCUCGACGACCUCGACGAGUACCGUGACAUCGGGGACCACCGCUACCACCACGAACAAGACUGGAUCGUCAGCUCUGACCGUCGCUUCGACCAGCCAGAAGACCCCUGCAUUCCGUGCUCCUGCACACAAGCAUGCGCACCAUCUGCAUUCGAUCCCGCCGAGGGAGAAGAGUACAAGAACUCUCAUUGUCGACCAUAUGUUAUGGGUUCAUGGAAGGACCCGAUUCGCUCAAGCUCGUGCCGAGCUAGGCAUGACCGAUCGAACCGGCGGUCCAUCAUCGUCUAACUACGCCCAUCGCACUCGUCCAGAGAACUACGAAGAGGAAGACGAAGUGGGCAGCGAAGGCGAGGACGCAUCCGUUCUCAGAGCCCGUGGUAUCGGAUCGAACGAUCGCUCAGAGGAAGUUCGUCUCAGAAAGCAAGAUCUACCUCUUGCUCGCACCCUACGACUGCGAGCUGAAGGUCUCGAGAAGGUGGUCACAUCGAUGUUGGAACAACCUCCACCAGUGCCCCAUCAGCCCUCCCCAGACGAUUACAGCCACCAGCAUCACUAUCACCACCAUCACCACCAUAGUCACAGUCACUGGCAGAAGUACGAGGGGGCCCCGAACACAAGAACCGGCAAGCAUCCGCAUACCCUACCAAACGGUGUUCGCCUGAGACUCGCACUGGGAACGAUCAUCAACGAUUUCUUCGCAAGACAAGCACCACAUCCUCCUUAUCGACACACCAAUCCCUCGGUUCCAUCGGAGCAGACGGCGGUAUCCGAUACUCCCCCUCCCCGCGAUGUCCAACCGACACCCACCCCUUCCCCUGACAACCUCCCCGAAGCCCUUCUUCCCCUCAUCCGCGUCUCUGGCGUCUUCAACAAUUCGUCCGACCCCCAGCACCAUAGGUCACCAUCCGCCCAAUCCCCCGGGCUGCUGACAUACACCCCGACUGGAUCACCUUACCAAUCCUUCAGUUCACCCCAGCAGUACCCACCACAACCGCAAUACCACCACGCAGGGCCAUCCCCAUUCAUCGUCCCCGGCUCACAAAUCUACAAUGCCCAGCCUCCUCCACCGCAAUCUCCCCCACACCCUCGCGGGCCAGUCACUCGACCCACCCCUCCCCAGCGUGCUCUGUCUCUCUAUGCGACUGGUGCGGAAGCCGCUACUCCACCUCAUACGUCGCGAUGCCCACGGCAUCUGCAGACUGGGUGUGAGAUCUGCGUGGAGGCCAAGUCGCGUGUGGGUUCCUCGAGUGGGUCAAGCGGCCGAGCGUUCAUUGUGCCUUCCUCUUCAUCAGCUGGUGGUCUAUCGAGUAUCGGCGGAGGGUAUGGUGCCGGUGGAACUGCCAAUGGUAUCACCGGCUGGCAAGACGGCAGUGGAAUGGGUACUGGGCUGUUGAAGCCGGGUCUUCGAGGGAGCGUGCUGCGUCGCAAGGUCUACCUCGGGAACGAGAAACCACCUUCGUCAACGGGGUCGUCGCCGGCCUCUUCCGGUUCAGCCGACUCACAAGAGUUCUGCACUGGUGCGGGGAAUACGAAGCUCAGCAAGCUCAUCCCGCGGUUCAUCAAGUUGUCUGCGUUGGUUGCCGCUGAGCUCGGGCGUGAGGUCAGGGGUGAAGAGGUGGACGAGAGCAGUAGCAGCGCUAGCGAGGCCGGUGAGGGCAGUGAGAAGGCGACCCCCCUGGCUCAAGAGCAGCAGAGGAUGUACGACUAUGCCCUGAAACCGACGAGGGAGUGGUACAUGUUGCUCGCUGGUCUGCUAACGCGAGCUGUGCUUGAGGGGUACCUGACGGCUGGGUGGAGAGGGACGGAGGCAGCCGAGUGUCUCUUACUCCUUGGGCUAAACGUGAACCCCGACGAUCUAGUCAAGGAUGACGAGGAAGAGGCGGACGACGAGGAAGAAGAAGCAGAAGAGGGCGACGACGUCACACCUGAGGAAGACGAUGAAGAGAGGAAGAAGAAGCGGAGAGCGAGGAAAUGGAAGAAGCGCCGGAGAAAGCUUGAAUUCUUUGACGAGGAUGACGAGUUUAGCGAGUUCCACCCGGACGAGUAUCCAACCCUCUUCGAAGCUGUUCGCGUGCUGUUCCCCAGCCUUAGGAGCUCGAGUGCGACAUCUGGCAAGAGUCGCAAGGGCAAGGGUCGUGCCGAGGCAGAGUACGAAGCCGAGAUGUAUGAACGACUCAGGAGGUUCUACGAUAUCCCAGCAUCGACGCCCGAUCUGGCGACCCAUAUGGAAGAUUUGGUAUGGCAGUACCCCGCGGAGCCCGUUGAGCGGGCUGCAGUCCGCUUCUGUGAGGCGGUAGCCAAAUGGCGUGGUAAACCCGAACUACAGACAUACAAAAAGAAACCACCACCCAAGCCACCAUCAUCCACUGCAUCCUCAGACCCGAUUCAGCAACUGUUCUCGAAUGAUGUUCUGUCGAUCGAUAGUCUUGUGCAUUCGAACCCUACUAGCCCGACCUUGGCGCACACGGGUUCGAAUCCGGCUUCGGGAGUUGCGGCGAUUGCGCAGUAUGGCAGCUUGAAGAAGCUGAAGAAGCCGUCGAUUGAUGUGUACUUUGGGACUAGGGAGAGUGGGGAGAGUGGGUCUAGCUCGGGGUGGACGCCUGCUGGGAGCAGCAGUCCGACUGCGAGCAAGAGGAGACGUCCUGAAGACGAUGUGGGCGAGGGUCGUGAACUCAAGCGAGUUCAUGCUUGA